GAUAAGAGCAACUCCAUCUUGACCGAAGACAUGUUGGCUAAGGCUGGGUUCGAAGGCGAACCCAAGCCAGAGGAAGAGCCCACCAGCGAGGGCUCCAGCGAGGGCUCCACCAGGUCCAGAAGAAAGAGAAGAGCUCAGACCUCCAAGGACCUCCAGAGAGAAAAGUAUGCCAACUGGUUCUACAUACUGUCGUUUCUCGGAGCUGGUGCUGGUGUCGGUUACAUGACCCGGAACUGGGACUCGGAGGACGAGCAGAAGUCGCUCGAUGGCCUCCAAAUCGACAACGGCUACACCCCUGGCUUGAUGUAUGAGAGAUUCAACAAGAGAUGGUCUUCGUUGUUCACGUUCUUCUCUGAACCCAUCUUCGAGCAGUUGUUGCCUCCACCAGCUCCUGAGGGCUACCGUCGUCCGUUGACGUUGGUGUUGACCUUGGACGACUUGUUGAUCCACUCGUCUUGGGACUCCCUGAACGGUUGGAGAACUGCCAAGAGACCGGGUGUGGACUAUUUCUUGAGAUACUUGUCGCAGUACUACGAAAUCGUGGUGUUUGCCUCCAACUACGAGAUGUAUUCUGAGAAUGUGGUCAAGAAGUUGGACCCCAUGCAGGCUGCCAUCCAGUUCGCCUUGUACAGAGAGGGAUGUCGUUACAAGGACGGUAAGUUGAUCAAGGACUUGUCCUUGUUGAACCGUGACUUGGCUAAAACCGUGAUCGUCGAGGUGGACGAAGAUGCCGUCUCCUUGCAGAGAGAGAAUGCCGUGAUGGCCCACAAGUGGGACGGAAAGGCCGACGACUACUUGAUUCUGUUGAUCCCAUUCUUGGAGUACUUGGCCACCCAGCCAUCCCAGGAUGUCAGACCCAUUUUGAACUCAUUCCAAGACAGGUACAAGAUUGUGGACGAGUUCCAGCAGCGUGAGUUGAAGUUGAGAGAACAGUGGAAGAAGGAAAACAACAAGCCAAACGCCGGAAACUUCUUGGCCUCAAUGUUGGGCGCCCCUGCAUUGGCCAAGGAGCCAAAGAUGCCUUUGGAUGUGAUCAGAGAGCACGGCCAGUACCAAUACGAGCAAUACGAGAAGUUUGUGGAGGCCAACAUUGCCAAGGCUCUCGAAGAGGAGAAGAAGAUGAAGGAGAAGCUCGGUAAGACCUCCUUGAACAAGGUGUUUGACGGUCCCCCAAGUGCCGAGGAAAUCGCUAGAGUCCAGAAGGAG